AUGCCGUAUCACAAGAAAGAAUGGUGUCCUCAUCCAUCUCAUGUCGGCCUAACGCGAUCUGGCUCGAAGUCAUCACGUCCUGUCGGUCGAAGAAUAAUCGAUGAACGUGAUGCAAAAUUAUUCAACACUCACAUUAUGCUAAAUUCGGAAUGGACAUCUGUAACAAUGAAAACCGCUCCCGAAGCAAAAAAUCCUGAGCUUCGAUCAAUAAACACACAAUUGAAAAAAGAUUCAGCUAAAGAAGAACGGAAUCAUAUAUUCCAAGUACUUAAAGUGGAAACUAUUCGAGAUGAUCGAAAAAUUCAACAAAUCCGAAAUCAAAUCGAUGACAUCUAUCGAUAUUUACAAGACUUAUGUGACGUGCUCGAAGAUAAUGAUCCGCAAUUACAUUUACCAAAUCCUCAUUCACUUGAAACUAAUGAAUCAAAUGCAUUAUUAUAUGGAUUAAAAGAGCCUUACCAGCUAAGCAGUGAGGUGGAACAAACGUGUCUGAUGACGAUUGGUCCGUUAAGUUGGGGCAAAGUUAUGCUUUCAAAAUGGUUUGGUUGUACUGACAAUCAUGAAAGAGAAGCUCUUCUACGUGAUGAAGAAAAGAAUGUUCUUGCUUUUCCCGAAUACCCAGGUCGAACAGUUCCAUACUCAGAUCCCAUCGGAUCCCAUAACAUAGCUAAAAAGAUCGCUCAUAAAAUUUGCAACAACCGACGGGAUUUUCUAGUCGGAUUCCAAUGCAAUUCGAUUUCCAGGAAUCCGAUCGGACCCACCAUCGGCUUUGUUGACCUGGGAUAUAACUCAGCACUGUUCAAGUUACCACCAUUCCCAGAUCCACCUGUAACUAACACUGUUCCAUUUGCUAAAAUGAAUACUGUGUGA